AUGUCUACCAGCAAUCUCAAACCCCUCAUCCUACACGCCCACAACACCGGUCCUAACCCAUACAAGGUAGCCAUAGUGCUCUCCGCUCUCAAAGUACCUUACACAGUCAAGUUAUGGGAGUUCGGCGACGCACCAAACGGCGUCAAAGGCCCAAACUUUCUGAAGAUCAACGAGAAUGGCCGCGUGCCGGCCCUUGAGGAUCCAAAUACCGGUGUGGUGUCUUGGGAAAGCGGUGCGGUCAUCCAUUACCUCCUGCGUGUCUACGACAAAUCCAACAAACUGGGCCCGAGUGGUAAAAGUCCCGGCAGCGAACCGACCAAUCAAGAUCACGUCGACUUUAACAAAUGGGAAUUCUUUCUUGUCAGCAGCCUUGGACCUAUGAUGGGGCAGGUGAACUGGUACCGCCAUUACAACCCUACCAAAAACGAAGAUGCACUAUCACGGUACGAAGCACAAACGUACAGGACGUUUGACGUGUUGGAGGGACAGCUACGGAAAAGUGGCGGGGAGAGCGUUUUGCCGGGUGGUUUCAACGCUGUGGAUGCGCACUUCUAUCCCUGGGUCAACCAGUACACGUAUGCGGAGUUGAAGCUGGAUAAGUACCCUAAGAUUCAAAAGUGGUUGGAGGUGAUUGGGAAGAUACCGGCGGUACUGGAGGCGUAUGAGAGAGUGCCGAACGGCGAGAAGGCUUAG